AUUCAUAGUGUUGUCAAAAUAAAAACAAAAUUGUGUUAUUAAUUGUGACAAACACAUGGUUUUGCAUGUUGGUGGAAAAAUUAUUAUAUUAUAUAUUUUUACCUAUUUACAGAAUAUAUGUACUCCCAAAAAUGAUGUUCCUCACUCAGCGAUCGAAAUGGAAAAUUCUACUGAUCUAAGGUCUCAGCAAGUGAUCGAUUCAAAUGACAAUUCCAUCGAUCUAAAAAUGAACAUGAUGAAACGACAACAACUAAUGUCAAAAGCGAAAAAAGCUACAGAAAGCCUGCGCAGGAAAAGGCAAAUGUCUAGCGAAAUCCAAAAGGAGCUUGAUAAAACUAGGCAAGAAAUUGAAAAGGAAAGAAAUAGCCUCAAGCGCAAGCAACAAAUUGCAGAAGCUCAAAAUAAAUACAGGCAGAAUAAACAACAAAAAUUGCGUUGCCUAUUUGAGGAAAUUCCUGAAGCUAAAAGUUUUUGUAGCCAACGAUCUACAGUCGGCAGACCCCCGAUUGAAGACGAUCAACCGCUUCUCCAUAAAACUAUUUUGGAGAUAGCCUUGUUUGAAAGUGGAGCUGAUGAAAGGAGGCGCACUAACCUUGUUAGAAGUGUAAAAACCUUGUCUGAUCUUCACAAAGAGCUCAAAAAAGAAGGGUUUAACUUGUCGAGAAGCGCAACCUAUCUAAGACUAUUGCCUAGAAGAUCUUCCUCGAUUGAAGAAAAACGUCAUGUGAGAACGGUACCGGUAAAGCUAUCUAUAAAAUAUCUUGAAAGCAUCCCAAAAAUCAGCUUCUCGGCAUGCAAUAAUUCAUAAAAAUGUAGCUGUAAGCUUCGAUAAGAAAUCAAACAAAUCUCUUUACUGUAUGGCUGGACGGCGAAAGGGAGAAUGCCUAGUAAUUCAGUCAUACGAAGGAUGUGAAGACCCAGAAUGGCUUGACGAGGACUAUGUAGACGACGAAGACAUAGAUGAUACCUGCGGAGAUCUAGAGAUUUUGACAAGCCAACUUCCAAUAAUAAAAAAUAUUAAA